GGGGCCGCGGUAAUGGGGAGAGCAAGGGGGGGAGGCGGCCAGCAUGCGGGCGAGGGAGAGGAAGAGGAUGAGGAGGAGGAGGAGGAGGAGGAGGAGGAGGAGGUGGAAGAGGCGGAGGAGGAGGGCAAAGAGGAAGAGGAGGAGAAGAAGGAGCACGAGGGGGGAGAAGGCGAGGAGCUCGAGCGUGAGGAGGGUAUGGGGAGGUGGAGGGCCGAGGGCUUGCGCGAGGAAGGAGUGGGGGAGGAGGAGGAGGGGGAGGGGGAGGGGGUGGGGGAGGAGGAUGAGGACGAGUGGGGGGAGGAGGAGGGGGUGGAGGAGCACGAGGAGAGCUCCGGCGACAACUCCGAAGAACAGAUGUGGUGGUGAUGGACCUAGCAAAAAGCUGUAU